CUCAACAAUUUGGUGAGAACCUUAAUCCAAAUAAUGCGCCUAUAUGUGGUAUGUGCGUUAAAAUAACUGGUCCAAAAGGAAUCGUCAAAGUCAAAAUUAUGGAUAAGUGCCCUAUUUGUAAAUUUGGUGACAUUGACCUAUCACCAGCUGCUUUUAAUGUGAUCGGUGAUGAAUCUCAAGGUCGUAUACUUAUUAGAUGGGAAGGAUGUUAAAUUAUUUUAUAG